UCCGUCCUGAUCUUGGAGCUGCUGUGCGGGAUUCCCGGCUGCGGUUUGUUUCCAGGCCUGGAGAUGACAACAACGACAAGAAAGGAAGUCCUUGGCCUUUACCGCAGGAUUUUCAGGCUAGCGAGAAAAUGGCAGUCGGCAUCAGGACAGGUGGAAGACACCGUCAAAGAAAAACAAUACAUUCUAAAUGAAGCCAGAAUGCUGUUCCAGAAAAACAAAAAUCUCACAGAUUCAGAACUGAUCAAACAGUGCAUAGAUGAGUGCACGACAAGAAUUGAAAUUGGAUUGCAUUAUAACAUCCCAUAUCCACGGCCAAUUCACCUGCCACCUCUGGGCCUCGCCCCCAUCCACGGCCAAGCACUGCGAACCCAAGAAAAGCGGCGGAAGCUUUCCAAGCCAGUGUAUCUCAAGUCUCACGAUGAAGUCUCCUAACCAUGAGACGGCUGGUGUCUGAAAACUGAGAGUCCAGAGGUCCUCAAUGCAAACAAAAGAGUCACUCAUCUCCACUCGGGCUGAGAAGAGUUUAGAGAAUGCAAAGGCCCUACAGCAGCAUCUUCUAAAGAGACCACCACAUCUGCUGACAUAACACGAGCUUUAGUCUACUGAUUGUGCUAGUGGUCUUAUUGCUUGGAGGGGCGCCUGCUGGACACAACUCAGUGUAGUUCAAGUUUCCCUCACCAACCACCGUUUUUCAAAAGCUUCUUUGACUCUCCAUGUUUAAUAAUUAUUUGCCAUUUUGCCUACUGCGAUAUAUAUUUUGGGAGAACCGCCAUUUUCUGGACUGCUCUUUGGCCCGCCACCUGACGUUUCAAGUAUCAACCCUCUUUCAACAUCUCAGAUGUUCCCAUCGUGCUACACUUCAUGUCAGCAGGUUAUAUAUCAUGCCCUGCAUUGUCUCCCCAGCGUCACUGCCCUCGGGCGUCAUCGUUAUUCAUUCAAUCGUAUUUAUUGUGUUCUUGCUAUGUGCAAAGCAUUAUACUAAAUGCUUGCAGGAGUACAAUAUAACAAUAAACGGACACAUUCCCUGC